UCAAUUGCACACCAAACAAGGUUUCUUACCGAGAGUUGUUGCGUUUGUGCAUACAUAGCAUACUUCAGCUAGAUCCAUGGCGAAAUGCUGGCUGCUGCUCCACUUGUUGGCGUUUCUCUUGCCAGCGGCGAGCGCUACGUCAUGCCACACCGACGACCUCCACGCGCUGCAGGGCUUCGCCGGGAACCUGGGUGGUGGUGGCGUGCUCCUACGUGCCGUCUGGUCCGGCGCCUCGUGCUGUGGCUGGGAAGGUGUGAGCUGCGACGGCACAAGUGGACGCGUCACGGCGCUUCGGCUCCCUGGGCACGGGCUUGCGGGGCCUAUCUCUGGAGCAUCCUUGGCGGGCCUCACGCAGCUGGUGGAGCUCAACCUUGCCAACAACAAACUGAUCGGAACCAUCUCAUCAUGGAUUGGUGAGCUUGAUCACCUUCGCUACUUGGAUCUCUCUAAUAAUUUAUUGGUUGACGAGGUACCCAAGAGAUUGAUACAGCUCAAGGGCCUUGCCUCCACUGGUUGUUCACUGGGUAACAGAAGAACACUCCAACAACAACAACCAAAUAUCAUAUCCGGGACAAACAACAAAGUCCGAUCUGGUAGAACCAAUGUUGUAUCCGGAAACGACAACACUGUCAUAUCCGGGAACAACAACACGGUGGCUGGGAGCAACAAUACCAUCACAACCGGGAGCGACAAUACCGUAACCGGUAGCAACCAUGUCGUAUCUGGGAGCAAACAUAUCGUAACUGACAACAACAAUGUUGUUUCCGGGAUUGACAAUAAUGUAUCCGGGAGCUUCCACACCGUAUCCGGGAGUCACAAUACCGUAUCCGGGAGCAACAAUACCGUAUCUGGGAGCAACCAUGUCGUGUCUGGGAGCAAUAAAGUCGUCACAGGAGGUUAAUAGUUUGUCUGUCGAUGUAGCUCACAACCACUUGUUGGGGCCAAUCAUGUUUUGUAACCUCAUGGAUGUACCAUCCUUUUUCUACUUUAAAUAAAAUUUCCAGAA